AAAGCGCACGACGGACUGGAAGCAGCGACUCAACGGGAAAAAAGAUGUGCCCUCCACCGCCCUUCAGCAGCGCUGCCCAGGUCCGCAGGAGUCAUGUGAAGGGAUCCACCACAUAGGAGGACGAGGACUUUCCCUUUUCUUACAUCAUUAAACUUAUUUCAGAGGAGCGUAAAAACUCAGAGGGUGAUUUAUAAGACGUUUGGAUUGAAGUUCACAUAAGACAAGAAAAUGGCGAGAAGGCUCCUGCAGCUCGUCGCCUUGUGGACUUUCAUGAUUGGAGUUGUGCAGUGCUGCCCGGAGCUCUGCAGCUGCCAAGACAAAUCUGCCCACCAGUUCGCCGACUGUGCUUACAAGGACCUGCUGGAGGUACCUUUGGGUCUCCCCUCCAACGUGACCACUGUGAGCCUUUCCGCCAACAAGAUGAAGUUACUGAAAAGCAAAAGCUUUGUAAACAUACCCCAGGUCACCUCCCUCUGGCUGGCCCACAAUGAGAUUGUGACCAUAGAGACGGGAACCUUGGCCCCCCUCAUCCAGCUCCGCAACCUGGACAUCAGUUACAACAAAAUUGUGAACUUUCCAUGGGAGGAUCUGCACAACCUCACUGCCCUGCAGCUCCUGAAAAUGAACAACAAUGAAAUGGUGAACCUGCCGAAGGAUGCCUUCUCCACGCUCAAAGAACUGAGGUCCCUGCGAAUCAACAACAACAAGUUUACCACCAUUGUGCAGGGAACCUUCACUGCUCUCGCCGCCAUGUCCCACCUUCAGAUCUUCAACAACCCUUUCACGUGCUCCUGCCGCCUGGAAUGGCUCAGGGACUGGAUCUCAACAACCAAGAUCUCUGUUCCUGAUCCAAAUUCAAUUCUGUGUGACGCCCCCGAACACAUGAAGGGUGCAAUGGUUACAAACAUCCCUAAACUGGACUGUAGGGCCCCAACUGUCGCUAUAACCAAUCAGCCCAACCUCGAGAGCACAGAGCUUCAAGAGGGUUACCUGGUCAUCUUAAACUGUGAGCCCAAAGGAAGUCCCAAACCACAACUCACGUGGGAGGUGAUAGCAGGAAAUCAAAAUUAUCUCUUCCCCCUGCCUUCCACUGUAGAAAUAAACGACGCGCCAGUUAAUGAUAAAACCACCAAUAAUCGAUUCCUUGUCUUUAGAAAUGGCACUCUCAUCAUCCCUCGUUUGAGUAAAAAGGAGGAAGGAAACUACAGCUGCUCUGCGGUGAAUGACUUGGGCAGAGCAGAGAGCAGCGUUCGAGUGGUUGUGGCAGGAACCACGAAACAUCCCAGCAACUCAAUACCUGACCCUAAAAUGGACAAUUUCAAUCCAUCUGGUAAAAAAACCACAGACUCAAAAAAACUCAAAAACAAAGUGAUCAACUGGACCAAGCCUGAUGAGAACACAAAGAGUGAGGAAGGUUCUUUGGACAAAACAGACGCAGUGUUGGUGGUCCCGAAGGACCCCACCUUUGCGAGCAAGUGCGGAGUGAGAGAUAGCAGUGAACACAUCUCCAACCACGCCUUCAACCUGAGCCUGGACGACCUGAAGCAGUACACCUUUGAUUUUGGUGUUAUUGCGUUAGAGGUGUCGGAGACGGAGGCCAAGGUACAGCUGAAUCCGCUGCAGCUUCCCAGCAGCAAAUCCAACCUUCAUCUGAGUCAAAGUGAAAAAGAGGAAACAGUGGAUAAAGAGCCGAUAGGUUUGUACCAGAGCUCGUCAAGUCAAUCCACCCUGGACAUGCUCUACCUCUGCAUAAACACAGGCUAUGGACACUCCAUUGUUCAGUGGUCCAACAUAGAGGAGGGGGUUAAUGCCUACCACUUCCAUGGUUUAAAGCCUGGCACCAAUUACACACUUUGUCUCACCUAUGGGGGGCAGGACUGCCAAGUCCAAGUUGUCUUCACAACCAGGAAGAAGAUCCCCUCCCUCCUCAUCAUCGUUGUUGUCAGCAUUUUCCUUCUGGGUCUGGCCACUGUUCCAUUACUGGGGGCCACCUGCUGCCACCUGCUCUACAAGUACCAAGGGAAGACCUACAGGCUGAUCAUGAAGGCGCACAACCCGGAUCAGAUGGAGAAACAAAUGGCCGGAGAUUUUGAUCGCAGGGCGUCUUUACUGGAGUCCGAGAAAACCUUCGACCCCAGCGAGGGGGAUGGCGAGGCCGAGGGGGAGGAAGGGGACGGAGAGGGUGAGGCGGAGGGGAGCGUGGUGACCGAGUCCAUCCCCGGGUCCUCGUCCAAAACCAACCAGGAGGAGUUCGAGAUGGGGUCUGAGUACAGUGACAAGUUGCCGCUGGGCGCGGAGGCGGUCAACAUCUCGGAGGAGAUCAACGGCAACUACAAGCAGCCGAGCCGCUGAGCCGCGGAUCUGUGCGGCUCCAAUGUAAAAUAUUUUGCUUUGAAAUAGCCUACAUCUAAGCAGGUAACUCACCCACUAUUACCACACGUGAAAAACGCCUGAUGAAAGAGGUGGAACUUAUAAUUCUGUCUCUCUCUUUUUCUUUAUACCUCAGAACGUCCGCCAAUCACCGAGAACGUGAAUUGAUUCAUGUGACAUUUGUAGUCUACUGUAAGGUUAAAACGAGCAACACGCGUUUACAAUGCAAGCACAAAUCCGUCGUUUAUUACCGAGACCUCAAAAGCGACAGGACAGCCAUGAAGUGUUUGUUCCCUUUCCGUAGGACAGACAGCGCCGGGCAGCGGCGCGCAGUGCGCAAGCGGCGAGGCACGGAGAGCUGUGCGUAAUCAUAAUGCAAAAAUAACAUUUAUAAAAAAUAUACUCACAGUUUUUAAGAACAGCCAUUCCUAAUAAGCCAUUCCUAAUAAAGUGACAUCAGGGAAAAUGUGCUCUAUCUGUGCAAAGCGGUGAAUGAACCUUUUCUUUUUGGGAAACAAUUCUCACACAUCCUCUCAGGUGUCGGUGCUCCGACUCCACUUCGGUCGUCCAACGUAGCAACAGAUUUGGAUGAUCAUGAAGACGAUGGUGGUGAUGAUGAUUAUAUUUGAAGAUUUAUUACAGACGGAGAAAUUUCCAUUCGGCGUAAUUGCGCACGGCAGCACCCUGCGCGCUGUCCUGUGACUCCAAAAAGGGACAUUUCACUUUCUGGUGCGUUGUGCUUGACGGGAUAUUCCCGGGUUAUUUACCAACAAGCUGUUGUUUCACGUAACGUUUUCUGCUUUAAAAACCAAACGAUUUUGACCUCUUUAAUCGACGGGUGCUUUCUAUGAUAUAGCCAAUAGCCUCCUCUCGCUUUUUUCCGAAUGAACGUGUCCAUGGCAUGUCACACGUAAUUUCCUUGUGUGGUUUCUUAGUGUAGUCUAUAGAGGACUGUAGAUGUUGCUGUCAACAUGUGAUGUAAAGCCAUGUCAAAUGAAAUUUACUCCGAUGGUUUUUUUUACGACGGUAAGUCUAAAAGAAGGACGCGUGUGUGUGCGUCACGACGGCUUCACGUGUCUUGUAAUUUCAAUGCAUAGUGAGUUUUUUUGUGAACUAUGUUGUAAAAACAGAAAUCCCCGUGACCUUUUGAGAGUUUUUGAUAUCAUUUUAUGUACGUGAAAUUAAUAAAACAGAUGAAAACUA